CCAGCAGCCUGCAAUCGCUGGAGCGCCCCGCUCCUCCGCCUCUCCCUCCUCCUCCUCCUCCUCCUCCUCCUCCUCCUCCUCCUUCUCCUUCUCCUCCUCCUUCUCCUCACUGCCCACCGGCCUGCGGCACCCCUCCGCGGCCUCCGGCCCCACCAGCGCACAGACAAUGACUUCAUGCGGAUUAUGCAUCUGAAGAAAUCACCAGCUCCCAGAUAGCCACAGGGGGAGGUAUCCAUGUGUUUGGCAGGGAAGCAGCCUCCUGCUCGCCUUCCUUCUCCCCCUCUUUUCUCCUCGCACCCAGCAGCUGCCUCCUCGCCGGCGAUGGUCGCCUCCGGUCCCCCCGCACAGCGCUGAGCGAGGCCCCGGCGCAUCCCCGCUCCCACGCUUGCACCAAGGUACCGCCGAGGCUAUUUUUGUUCCACAACCCCCCCCCCCCCCCUUUUUCUUUUCCGGUUCGCCCGUUGCUGCCGGGCUCGGUGCCUCUUGCACCCUCCGUGCCCGCACGUCUCCCGCUCCCGUCUUCCCACCCAGCGGCGAGAGGUGGAGGGAGGCUCGUCCCAGCCCCGGCACCCGCGUCGCAGCGGCAGCCGCCGUCGCGGAGCAGAACGAGCCCAGCUCCGGCCGCGGCCGCCGGCCCUGAUUUCAGCAGAGUGGCCACCCCGAGGUACCGGCGCGGACCAUGAUGGACCUGAAAGUGGACGAGGAGGAGGUGGACAGCGGGCAGCCGGUGAGCAUCCAGGCCUUCGCCAGCAGCUCCACCCUCCACGGGCUCUCGCACAUCUUCUCGUACGAGCGGCUGUCGCUGAAGCGCGUGGUCUGGGCGCUGUGCUUCCUGGGCUCGCUGGCGCUGCUCGCCCUCGUCUGCACCAACCGCAUCCAGUACUACUUCCUCUACCCCCACGUCACCAAACUGGACGAGGUGGCGGCCACCAGGCUCACCUUCCCCGCCGUCACCUUCUGCAACCUCAACGAGUUUCGUUUCAGCCGGGUGACCAAGAACGACCUGUACCACGCCGGCGAGCUCCUCGCCCUGCUCAAUAACAGAUACGAGAUCCCAGACACCCAGACCGCCGACGAGAAGCAGCUGGAAAUCCUGCAGGACAAGGCGAACUUCCGAAACUUCAAGCCCAAACCUUUCAACAUGCUGGAGUUUUACGACCGGGCUGGCCACGAUAUCCGGGAGAUGCUGCUGUCCUGCUUCUUCCGUGGGGAGCAAUGCACCCCCGAAGACUUCAAAGUGGUGGCCGACCGCAUCGUCUACUACCUGGAGUACCACCACGUCACGCUGCUCAGCGAGGAGGAAAGCCCCGCGAUGACCUUCCCUGCCGUCACCUUCUGCAAUAUCAACCGUGUGCGGGUCUCACAGCUCAGCCACGAGGACCUGCUCUACCUGGCCCCGCUGGUCGACUACGAGCCCGGGAUGGAGCUGGGCUUCACCCCAGCCCAGUCUGACCCCUGGGAUGAGGAUGAGCCCCUAAAUUUGUACGGGUUUUUUAACCGCACUUGCCACCAGUUGGAGGACAUGCUGCUGAGCUGCAGCUACCGGGGCGAGCAGUGCGGCCCUGACGACUUUGUGGCGGUCUUCACCCGCUAUGGGAAGUGCUACACCUUCAAUGCCGGGCAGGACGGGAAGCCCCGGCUCAUCACCAUGAAGGGGGGCACCGGCAAUGGCCUGGAGAUCAUGCUGGACAUUCAGCAGGACGAGUACCUGCCCGUGUGGGGGGAAACAGACGAGACCUCGUUCGAAGCCGGGAUCAAGGUGCAGAUCCACAGCCAGGACGAGCCGCCGCUGAUCGACCAGCUGGGCUUCGGGGUGGCUCCCGGCUUCCAGACCUUUGUGUCCUGCCAGGAGCAGCGGCUCAUCUACCUGCCGCCUCCCUGGGGCGACUGCAAGGCCGUGGCGGGUGACUCGGAGUUUUACGACACCUACAGCAUCACGGCCUGCCGCAUCGACUGCGAGACCCGCUACUUGGUGGAGAACUGCAACUGCCGCAUGGUGCACAUGCCAGGAGAUGCCCCUUACUGCACCCCGGAGCAGUACAAGGAGUGCGCGGAUCCGGCUUUAGAUUUCCUGGUGGAGAAGGACAAUGAGUACUGCGUCUGCGAGAUGCCCUGCAAUGUCACCCGCUAUGGCAAAGAGCUCUCCAUGGUGAAGAUCCCCAGCAAGGCCUCCGCCAAGUACCUGGCCAAGAAGUACAACAAGUCGGAGCAGUACAUCGGGGAGAACAUCCUGGUGCUGGAUAUCUUCUUUGAAGCCCUGAACUACGAGACGAUCGAGCAGAAGAAGGCGUACGAGGUGGCCGGCUUGCUGGGUGACAUUGGAGGGCAGAUGGGGCUGUUCAUUGGGGCCAGUAUCCUCACAGUACUGGAGCUGUUCGACUACGCCUACGAGGUGAUAAAGCACCGGCUGUGCCGGCGGGGCAAGUGCCGCAAGAACCACAAGAGGAACAACACGGACAAGGGCGUCGCGCUGAGCAUGGACGACGUGAAACGCCAUAAUCCCUGUGAAAGCAUACGGGGCCACCCGGCAGGCAUGACGUACGCAGCCAACAUCCUACCUCACCACCCGGCCCGGGGCACCUUUGAGGACUUCACCUGCUAACCGACGUCUGGAUGUACAACCUGAGCUACCAAAGCCCUCCGGAGAGCUGCCCUUCUCCCUGCGAGCGCCAGCGGAGAGACACAUCUAGGGGACCUUGCUCCUCGCUACGGUGGGACACGGACAAGAGCGACGGCCUCGGAUUUCGGGGCAGGCGGUCGGGUCGGGUCGGGUCAUGCUCGAAGCCGGCGCGCAGCCCCCGCGGCAGCUGCUCCGCGCCUGCCCCGCUAGUUCAGAGACUCGAGGACGCUCCAGCCCCGGCCAUCCUUGCGGUGCGGGGAGCGACACGCACAGCGGGCUGGGGCACAGGCCUGCCCCAUCUCCUCCCCUCAGCUCCCCUCGGCCUUUUUAACUAGAAACCCAGAAGCCAAGAAGAAGCAGCCGUUCGGCUGCAGAGUCUCCAUCCACAGCCCUGUCCGUCUGUCCAUCCAUUGUCUCCAUGCCCAUCCUGCUCCAACGCCUUCAGCCGGCACUUGCUGGGACCCCCGUGCCUGGCAGGAGGGAUCAUCGAGGAGCCCCACGGCGUGCCCAGCAGCGGGUUCGGCAGUCCCAGGAGAGCCUCGCCGUCGUCCCCUGGGACCGCGGUGGCCCGCAGCCCGCCCUUGCCUGGGCACUCCUGGCCACCCGAUGCGCAUGAAGACGGGGCACCUCCACCCCUCCGAAACGUCUUCCUCAGCACGCUGCCCCAGGGACGGCAGUGCCCGGCCACUGAGCUCGCUGGCCGGCCGCGAGCAUCCGAGGGGACUCGGAUGGGGGAUGCCACCUCGGCGCUGAAGACCCCGUCGCCCGGGCACUCUCCCUCAGCCAUGCCAGGUUGGGCGACGUUGUGGUCUCCCUGCCCAUCUCUCCUGGGCUCCAUGCAGCCUGGCCAGCACUAGCCCUGCCCCGCAGUCCCUCUUGUCCCCGUGCGGCCCCCCCAAAACAGCCAUCCUCGGGGCGAAAGGCGGAAGGAAAGCUCCUGCCCCCCAUUUUUGCUGCAGCCACCGGCCCGGCUCGGCGCACCGCGAGGGACAGCCCCUUGGCACCGCCUGGGCCAGGCGGGCGCAGGAACCCCACCACCAAAAGGGUUCGUAGCUUGAGGGUCACCCCACGGCACCGGGUGCUCUGGUCCACGGGACCGCAGGCUCCCACCCCGCUGAAACACCCCACCCCACCCCCCCGACAGCAGCUGCCCCCGGGCACCACGAGCCCUGGGCAUCUUUGGGGGGCAUCCGCCGGCUCGCUGCCCCGGGACCGCCGCUGCUCCUCCCGUCGCUGCCCUCUCCCCCGCACGCAGAGACCUGCCCCGGCAGCCGGGGGCCGGCGCUGGCCGAGUCUCUGCUCCCCCGGGCCCGCAAGCGCACCGCUGUUUCGCUCCAGGGUCGGUGGAAAUUGGCCUCCCCCAGCCCCUGCCAGCCCCCGGGCCCCACGCAUCGAGCAAGAGCCCUCCCAGGGCUGAAGUGCUACUUAUCUUUAAGAGCUUUUGCAAUAAGUCUUUUUGGUAAUUAUUUCUAAACGGUAGUUUUGUUUUUAUUAUUGUCAUUAUAAUUAUUAUUAUUAUUUGCUUCCUGACCAAAAUUAGGAACUGGGGGUCAGUCCUUUGUAUCCAGCGAUUGCCCAAAGAUGACGGGUCAGCCACAUCCAUAAAUUUUCUUAUGGAUUUUUCCUAAUGUUUCAUUGCGUUUCAUUUAUUUAUUUUCUUUCUUUCUCCUUCCCAUUAAAGCUUUUAAAGAUGGGGCUGGGAUUUGACCUUGACGCUCACCUGUUGAAGCAUACACUUUUUUGUUUGUUUCUAUUAUGUCAUCUGCAUUUUAUAUUUCUUAUAUAUAAUAUAUAUGACUAUAUAUAUAUGUGUACAUAUAUAUAUAUAUCUCUAUAUAUGCAUCAUAUCAGUGUAGAUACCCAUCUAGUAGCAUUUAGGCCUUGUUCUUGUGCCAUUUUUUUUUUCUGUUACUGAUCUCUGAAUGCCUUCAAGUGUAUAAAGUGUUGAAUUCUCUCUGGUAUCUGUACUAUGUACACACAUUUUCAUAGGAAGCACAAUAAGAUGACAGAUGCAUUGUACAUCAAUACCUGCUACUCUUAACGAUGAUAUAAAGAAUGAUAUAACUCAUGAA